AAGCAAAAAUGAGUGAGAAAGUGAGUGAGUGAGAAUGAGACUGUGUGAGUGUUAGUGAGAGAGUGAGUGAACUCCAUGCGGUAGAGGGUGAGGAGGCUGCAGUGAGACAGCCCAGAGGGAGGGGAGUGUUCAUUCAUUCCUGCCGAGACUGCGAGCGAACAGAUUGCAAUCUCCCGGAGUUAGACUGCAGUAAUCUCUCUCUCUCUCUCUCUGGGAUUUGUGUGUGUGUUUUGCUCCUGUCCCCGUUGGCGGCAGCUCCCGCUACCCUGCUCCUUCAUUGAUCUAUCCCCUGGACAAUGUGCAGUUGUAGCUGACACUGGGACUGCUGAAGCCAUCCCGGUCAAACAGCGCCUCUUCAGCGGUGUUCCUGAGCCUGUGCUACACGCCGGAGAGACCUUGAAUUGGCACAAGAAACUUUAUUGUUGAUGAUGCAGCCGGUGACAGAAGCAAUGCAGAAAUCUCCAAGAAAUCAAACUCCGAAACCACUUCAAACAUGUCGGUUGCUAUGGAGCUUCAUUUUACUAUUAAUUAUUCCACUUGCGGAAACGUGGAAACAGAAUCUUCCGAGACUCAAGCUUUUUCAUAAAGAUUUGCUGGUCUCCAACAGCUGCAUCCCAUUCCUCGGCUCGGCAGAAGGCUUAGAUUUUCAGACCCUGUUGCUUGAUGAGGAGCGAGGGAGACUGUUAGUGGGAGCCAAGGACCACAUCUUCUUACUCAACUUGGAUGAUCUGAACAAAAACAUCAGAAAGAUUCACUGGCCUGGAACCAAAGAAAGAGUUGAAAUGUGCAAAUUGACUGGGAAGCAUCCUUUGAGGGAGUGUGCGAAUUUCAUCAGGGUCCUUCAUAAUUACAACAAGACCCACGCGUAUGUCUGUGGCACUGGAGCCUUCCACCCAAUGUGUGCCUUUAUUGAGCUCGGACCCCGGGCAGAGGAGCCUGUGUUUCGCCUGGACUUAGAUAGCCUCGAGUCUGGAAGAUUGAAGUGUCCCUUUGACCCUCUGCAACCUUUUGCUUCUGUGUUAACAGGGGAAUACCUUUACGCUGGUACAGCAUCUGAUUUUCACGGCAGAGACACUGCUUUCACCCGCUCUCUGGGACCACCAUCCAACCAGCAUUACAUCCGCACAGACCUCUCGGAACACUACUGGCUCAAUGAAGCAAAGUUUAUCGGAGCAUUUUCCAUCCCGGACACCUACAAUGCUGAUGACGAUAAGAUAUAUUUUUUCUUUCGGGAAGCUACAGAGGACAGCAGCACCUCUGACAAGUCCAUCUUCUCCAGGGUUGCCAGGGUCUGUAAGAAUGAUGUUGGAGGACAACGCAGCCUCAUCAAUAAAUGGACAACAUUCCUUAAAGCCCGCCUGGUGUGUUCUGUCCCAGGUCCUGAUGGGGUUGACACAUAUUUUGAUGAACUGCAGGACGUGUUUCUGCUCCAUACAAAAGACGAAAGGAAUCCCAUUGUUUACGGAGUCUUCACGACUACGAGUUCGAUCUUUAAAGGCUCUGCAGUCUGUGUGUACAGCAUGGCUGACAUCCGUGCCGUGUUUAAUGGACCAUACGCUCACAAGGAAGGACCUGACCAUCGCUGGGUGGAGUAUGAUGGAAGGAUCCCUUACCCACGACCUGGGACAUGUCCCAGUAAAACGUAUGAUCCCUUGAUAAAGUCUACAAAAGAUUUCCCAGAUGAAGUGAUCAGCUUCAUUAGGUACCAUCCAGUGAUGUACAAGUCUGUGUAUCCAAUGACUGCACGGCCAGUGUUUACCAGGAUCAAUGUUGACUACCGACUGACACAGAUUGUGGUGGAUCAUGUGGUCGCCGAGGAUGGACAGUAUGAUGUCAUGUUUCUUGGAACAGAUAUUGGAACAAUUUUAAAGGUGGUGAGUGUGACAAAAGAAAACUGGGUUACAGAAGAGCUUGUUCUGGAGGAACUUCAGGUGUUUAAGGCUCCUUCUCCAAUUUUAAACAUGGCGAUAUCUUCAAAACAGCAGCAAUUAUACAUCGGCUCACGCGAUGGUCUGGUCCAGCUCUGGCUGCACCGAUGUGACAUCUACGGCAAGGCUUGUACUGAAUGUUGUUUGGCCAGAGACCCCUACUGUGCCUGGGACGGCAGCUCAUGUUCCCGUUAUGCCCCAGCAUCGAAAAGGCGGACUAGACGUCAAGAUGUAAAACAUGGGGACCCCAUCAGCCAGUGCUGGGAUCUGGAAGAGAGUAUGAGCAAUGAAGCUGAAGAGAAGUUGAUUUUCGGCAUUGAAUUUAACUCCACUUUCCUGGAGUGCAUCCCCAGAUCCCAGCAGGCAUCUAUCCAGUGGUUUGUUCAGCACUCCCGAGAUGAACAUCAUGAGGAGAUAAAAACUGAUGAGAGGAUCAUCAAGACAGAACAUGGCCUUUUGAUUCGGAGUGUGCAGAGAAAAGAUGCCGGCUCUUACUUCUGCAGAGCUCAGGAGCAGACGUUUACUCACACGAUCAUGAAACUGAAUUUGAAAGUGAUAGAGAAUGAGCAGAUGGAGAGUGCACAAAAGGCCGAGGAUGAGGAGGGUAAGGGCAGGGAUUAUGCCUCGGAGUCUCGGUUGAGAUACAAGGAUUAUGUGCAGCUGCUGAGCAGCCCCAGUUUCACAGUGGAUGAUUACUGUGAGCAGCUCUGGUACCGGGAGAGGCGGCGGCAAAAGAACAGAGCGGCCGGGAAGUGGAAGCACGUGCAGGAGAUGAAGAAGAAUCGAAACCGCAGACACCAUGCGUAAUCUCUGAUGGUUUGGAGAGAAAGCUGAGUACUGCGGCUAUUAAUUCUAAGGAAAUGACAAAAAAAUCAUGGAAUGCUGUUGUACUGUCAUUCCUGCUUUGGAGAGCUACAAGAUGCUUACAAUAAAAUAUAGGACUUGCAUUUCCACAUCGUGAACUCAAAGACAUCAAAACCAAGACAGAGACCUCUUGGUCCGCAAUAUCAGUCUUUAUUAAUACCACAUUAUUCAAGUAUUUACUGUACAGAAAGAGUCAAAUUGGCCCAACAUUAUGCACACAAACUCCCUGAAUUUGCUUCAGUUCAUCCCAUCAAUAUUAAAUUCGGAACAAAAAUAAAUCUCUUGCUUUAAGUUGAGUGUGUCAAUUUUAUCACAAUUACUCAGCUCUGGCACAUCCAUGAUGUUGUUUACAUCAUAUGUGAGAUGUGUAUAAAUUGCAGGAGGAUUGGACAUUUUGUCUUUAUUCAUUGACCAAGUUAUUGAGAUAAACAUUUGUGAUAAACUUUAAACAUCUUUUUAUUACCUGCCAAUGAUCAACUUCCUGCAGGGACAUUGACAGAAACCCAUUUUCAAAAUGCUAUAAUUUCAAUUGAAAAUUUAAUACAACUGAAAUCAUGACAUCUUUUUGCUACCAGCUUAAUACUGUCUAAUUGGAUACCAGCUAUGUAAUUUUAUUGUUGCAGUUGAUACCCUGUACCUAUGCAUGAGGGUUGCUGUUAAAUGUUACGAGGGGGAGAAUUUACACUUUCACAAAUGGACAUUUACACAAAUCAUUUUCUCAAUGUUGCAUCAAAAAGAACAAUUGCUAUGGUUGUUGAAGUGAGCAAAAUUGGAUGGUGGUUUCAGUGUAUUAACUAGCAAGAAAAAUGCCUUCCCUUCAGAAUGCAUUGCUGUUGAGAGCUAUAAAAAGCAUCAGGGAGUGGCAGGCUGUAUGGAGACGCAGCACAUUGGAGCAGAAGCUUGCAGACUUGUGUCUGAGAUUCCCCACUAUUAGGCCAUCAUGAUAGGUAGAUGUCAAAGGCUUUGUGUGUUCAGAAAAGGAAGGAGGGAGAGGUAGUGAAUGAAUCAACUGCCCUCCUGCUGAUAACUAUCAUCUUUUCUGACAGUUACAGGGAUAAUUUGGAAGAUUUCUUGCCUGACUAUUGGGCAAGAUUAAGUGACCAAUAAAUAAAUACAACAAAAUAGACAACCUGUAAAAAGGAAAGUGUAGAGAGGUACCAGCUUGUAAGUUACCAAUGGUCAAAUGUCAUAUUCCAGUUAUUCAUUGUCAUCCUUUUAUCAUUCUACAAUCUCUUCUGCUUCUCUCCUCAUUUCUAAUAUAGGAGAAUAUAAUGGGUAUAACAAGUUUGUUUAAAGUAUAUUUUAUGCAGAGAAUGUCCCCAGUUACACAUAUUAUCAGAGAAUAUUUUAACAUUUGAUUCGUAUAGCUUAAGUGAAUGAAUUUUGGAACAUAUGUUACUGUAAAUUAUACUCCUUUAGUCUGUUAUUUCUUUGUAAUAAAUUAGUUGAACCUUGUUGAUGGAUUUGUUAAAUGUUAUGGGAUAAGGGUUUUUAUUGUGAAGCCACGUUCAGACUAACUGUUGCUUUAAUGGUCAACUCCUCCAGACUUUUGGUUGGGGAGAUCUUCUCAUGUUUCCACUGAAGAUAAUUGCUCAUGUUUGUGUCUACCAAGGUAGAUCUCAUUCAACCCUGACUCACUGAGUAGAGUGAAUGGUUCAGAUCUUGCCAAGGACGCUGGAUGGAAUGCAGACUCAUUCUGUUAUUAUUUCAUGGGACAUAGUUGUCACUGGCAAGGCUAAUCUCUAGUUCCCUUGAAUGAUUGCCAUUUCAGAUGGCAAUCAAGAGCCACCUAUAUUGUUAAGGGUUUGAGGUCACAUGUAGGCCAGACCAGAUAAGGACAGCAAUUUUCCUGCCCUAAAGGACAUUAAUAAACCCAGUGAGUUUCAUGGUCACCCUUAUUGAAAUUAACUUUCAAUUCCCAAUUUAUUAAUUGAAUUUGAAUUCCACCAACUGCCAUAGCGAGAUUUGAACCCAUGCCCUCUCAACAUUGUACAUUGGCAUUACCACAAUGACUCCAUCUCCCAGUACUGAAUGAAGAUGAAGCAUGUGGAAAACAAGAAAAGACAUUUGAAAGACACUGUGAGAAAUAUGUGAUUCAGUUCAGAUUCUCACUCUAAUGUGGAACUCAAAUAUUCUUCCAAUUUUAAAAUUACAUGGCUUAAUUUAAAAAAAAAUGCUCACUCAUUGAACAGCCAACUUUACAUUUUUUGAGGGGGGCAGAAUGUCUUGGACAGUUUUUAUAAAACAAAACAAAAAAGCCCAAUACUCUUAGGCCACCAUGUAUGUUGUUAGCAAUUGUCAAGACUUACUGGAAAAAAUGAAGUGAAAGUUGAAAGAGGAAUGAGUGUCUUAUGUUGUUGAGACCUCAAAGAUAGCAGGAUUUAAUGUCUACAAUGCAACUGAGUUGCUCUGGGGUGACCACUGUCCUUUGUAAAUCCCAAAUCCCUUUCAGUCCAAAAUGACCAUGAAGCAUCCUUAUCAAUUCUAGUGACAGGUGAUCAUCAAAAGAAGAAAACUGGAAAAAAAAAAGAAAAUAAAAGAAUACAUAGUCCCAUUCUAAGAAAGAUAUUCUUUAAAGGUUAAAAAUUAUUUCUUUUCAUGUAAAGAUGUUAAAUAUGACGUCAGUGUAUUCACAAACAGGGAUUGGAAUGUCAAAUGUAUAUUUUGGUAUUAUUUUAAUAAAGUAGGAAACUUGUUAUUUUAAAA